AUGACUACUCAUUCAGUGUCAGAAGCAAAAUUGAAAAAGCUUCUUGAACUUAAUGUACAAUUAAAGCAACAACUUGACCUUCCGAGAGUUCCAGUAUCUGAAGCAAGUAAAUCUUUAAUUGACUUUUGUCAAUCAACCACUGACUUGAUGAUUCCUUCAAUUUGGGGAAAUAAACACCCAGAUCCCUUUGUUGAACCAGUUAAUGGGUGUGGAUGUGCCAUGAUGUAA